AUGGAUAAAGCAACAAUCGUCUAUGUUCGUCUUGUAUUUCUACGAAUAGGUGAAAUCGAUACAUUGAAUGAGAAAUACCAAGCGCAUGCGUCAAUCGAGUCCCGAUGGUUCGUUCCGGCCGACAAAUUCACUUACAUUCUUUCGUCUGACGAUCAACUUCGUUUAAGAAAAGACAAAUCUGUUCUGUUGGAAAAAUACGCUGAAUGCUGUUGGCAUCCGGAAAUCUACAUCGAAAACAGUUUGGGUGACCUCAAAGAACAGAUCAAGUAUAGUGCAAAACUCGGCAAAGACCCUCAAAUGAUACAAAUUUGUGAGCAUCGUGUCAUCAAAGGUUCAUUCUGGGAGAAACUUGAACUUCAACAUUUUCCUAGUGAUGUACAAGAUUUAUCCAUAUCUGUUACAUCAAUGUUCUACCAUGAUAAAGUUAUUUUGAUUGCUGAUCCAUUACGGCUCAGUGGAGUUAAUCGAGAAGCUUUCGUUGAUCAACAAGAAUGGUCCCUGUACGAACAUGUCGAUACAAAGCAAAGAUUUAUCAGAGAAUUUGUUUUUCGUACCUAUGAUGCUGUUGACGACGACGACGACGACGACAACGAAAUCAAUGAUCAACAAAUGAAAGAAGUGUCAAGUAGUGAAGAUCGAAAACGAUCGAUUUUAACAGUGACUUGCCAUGCAGUCAAUCGAUUACAAGUAUCAUGUACACUUCUACUUACAUCAAUUACUUUUCGGUGGACAGUGAAUAGAUCAUUGCCGACAAUAUCUUAUUUAACAUCGUUGGAUCGAUACGGUAUCGCUGGUAUAUUCAAUUUAGUAUUCCAUUCCCUAUGGCACAGUACUCUUAGCGCAAUUAUCUGGCAAACAACACCAGAUUAUCGUGUACCAAAGCAUUCUUGGAUUGAAUUCUUGGAUCAUACCAUGAUCAUAUGGUUGUAUUGUGUCCCACUGAAGUACCGCAGACGAAUGAAACAAAAAGAUGUUCAGUACCGGAUUCUAAUGCAAGAGAGAAUAAGAGGUAAUAUCAAUCGAUCUCUCGAUAGUGAAAACUCAAGACCAACAACAACAGCUCUUAUAUCGAUCGAACAACUUUAG